GUCAUCACGCACCGUUUCCAAACAAUACUCAGGAAAAAAAAAAAGCCACGUUGACGAUCCAGACUGAAGUGUAGUCCACAUUUUCAGGCAGAAUAAAUCAGGAAUUGGUUUGUUAGACGCUCCGGUUCCUUCUCGUCGCAGACUCCGGAUCAGAACAGAACAUGUCAUCACCGCCGAAGGAGAAAGUGGAAACCAAAGGAGGACAUCUUCCUGCAGUCAAGGCAGGAGGUAUGAGGAUAGUGCAAAAGCACCAGUCUGCUGCUGCUCCAGAACCACCCCAGAAAGAUGAUGACGAAGAGGAGUACGUCAGCAGCAGUCCACCAAAGGCCCCCAUGAUUGUGUCUGGAGUGGUUACAAAGGGUGAUAAAGACUUCACCCCUGCAGCUGCCCAGGUGGCCCACCAGAAGCCUCAACCUUGUGUCCCCAAGCUGCCCUCUGUCCAGCACAUCAACCAGCACAUCCAUCAGCCCCGCAAGUGAGCCAGGCAGCAGGCUACAACGGCUCCGCUAAUUCCACCAGCCGGCCUUCCCCAAUGGAACACAUAGGAUGAAGACGUUUCCCCCACCAGGCACAGAUCUCCUCUAAAUAAUCCCAGCAGUUUUUGUUCGCCUGUUGUAUUUCAUGUACCAGAAAAACAGCCAAUGUCAAUAACUGUGCCAUUGUAGAAGUCCCACUCUUUACACCCUUGCUGUAUUGGUGCUGCACUAUUUUGCUGCACUUGUUCUAACGGUUGUAUAGUCUUAAGGUGGUAUAAGUGGGUGGAGGGUCUUCUACAAUGGCUGUCGCUGAGAUCUGAGCCUGUGGGGGAAACUCUCACCCCAGCAUUGUGCUGAUCAAUAGCACAUAUCACAGCAACCAGCCAAUCACAGCACCCUAUCAAUCAGGCCAACUAACCAACCAAUCACCUCACAGUGAUGAGCCAGAGCUCCAGCCUUCUACCUAUGAUCUCCGAAGACCAAAAGAACCAAUCAGCAGCAAAAUCAUGAGCUGGACACCAUUUUUAUCGACACAAACCAAAAAAAACAAAAAACACACACACACACACAGAAAGCAGCUAGUAAAUCGCAAAACUCAAGUUUGAUGUGUUUGUGUCACUUGAGACUGUUGCCAAACUGCACAGGUACAGCAUGGUCCAGAGUUAAAGUAGUUAAUUACAUGACAGCAUUAACCAGUUAUUAAAGAUGUGAUGAUAUCCACCUCAGACAUUUUUCAACAUUAUAGAUGUUCAAUAGGGAGAACCAAUGAGAUGCAAAACAUGACCCAUUUCUCUGUAUCUGUGGCUGUCAUUAAGAAGCUACUUGAUGCACAUCGUCAGUGUUGUGACUCAAGAUAGCGAGCUACAGUUAUGGCAGAAGCUGAAACAGUUUUUGGACCAUAUUAAAACCUAUUUGGCUCUAGCUACAGUUUCCUCCUGUGUCACUGUUCUUACCUUUAUUAUUUGAUAGACAGGAGUCUUAUUGAUUUCUGAUCUGCUCUCCACUUUUGCCAGCCUUGUUGGAGUUUUAAUCCUGUCCAAUUUUCCCUAAAAAAAAAAACGUUAAAUUAUUUGAAUGCAAACUCAACCUGCUUCAACUCCCAGCAGUGCUUAGAUUUCAAGAUUUAUUUAUUUUUUUUGCCUCAUUUGACACAUUGAUUUACAUUUUUAUCUGCUGCGCAAACCAAGUCAGCUGAAAUGAGAAUGCAGCCAAAAAUGUAAUGAAAUCUAAAGGAAGUCAUUUGUCGUGAAGCAGCUGCAGGGUGCUUUGUGUUUGCAUUAAGGUUACCCUAAACAUCAUAAGGGAGUAAUGUAGUUUUAUUAUAAGUUGAACAAAGUAUUGCAGAGAAGCAGUUCAGAAAACAGUGAGGCUCUUAACUGUACGAUGAAGGUAAAAAA